CUCAGUCAAUGACCUCCGACUGGAGGAAGUAAACAAACUGUGCUUUCAUCUGUAGGAAUAGGAUAUUUAUUGGAAUACGAGAAAAAUCUGUAGGAAUUUGAAAAUUAAUACGACAUUUAUUUUAGUUGCCGGGUCUAAACGGUGCUGGUGUUGAAGCUGCACAUAGAUGAUUAGAGAGAUUGUUAGGAUUUAAUGUGAAACUCGUUCUGUGGAGAUUGUAAACAAACACUACAAUGAGUUUCCCCUUAAACGCGUCUUUCCUAAACACAAGCGAAGCCUCUGUUAUCGAGUCUGCAGUCAGAACGGCGGUCAUGUCCAUCCUGAAGGUUUUCUGUGAGCUGAAUGACAAGAGGUCGCAGUGCUAUGAGGAGAAGUUAACCGAGGCACAAAGACAAAACACGGCGCUGAAGAUCCAGUUAAAAGCAGCCGAGCAGGAGCUUCACACCUUACGACAGAUCUCUACUGACUACAGCAUCUCAGCUGAGGUCACCUUCAGUGAAGAACCGGCGUCUUUACAGAGUGUCUCAGAGUCGCGCGACUCUGUCGUGGUGUUAAAGGAAGAAGAGCCUUUUUACCAGAGCGAGAUGUUUCUAAAGAGUGAAAUGUCAGAGGAAUAUAAUAUAGUGAACUUUGAAAACGCGCAAAACUGCCAACAAACUGCGCAAAUCCAGACAUACGGGACCACCAACAACAACAACAUUAACCACGCCCACUUAAUCGAUCCAGAUCCAGUUUUAACCGGAUCUAAGACAAAGAGACUGACACGGUACGAGAAUGUGAGAAGAUACAGAGAAAGGAUACGUGCUGAUCCUGUGAAAUACCUCGCCUGGAAGGAGAAGAACCACCUGAGGUAUCUGCAGAACAGAAAGACCAUUAAUGAACUUCCUGAGUCCAUGAAGAAUCUUCAGAGGAAGGCCUGGAGAGAGGCUACAAGGCGACACCGUGCAAAAAAACUGGCUCAAGCCGCUUUUUCUGCUACGUCCAUGUCACAAACACCCAGCCUAUGACCAGGACAUUUUUUUUUUAACCUUAGACUCUGUGCUCUCUGGGCAAAAUGUGCCCACUUAGUAUAUGUGUAUUUAUGAAUAACUGUGUACUUGAGUUGAAUGAAAAUAGAUACCUGUGUGCUCACAAACUAGAUGUUUUAAAAUUGUCAGAUGUCUAUGGUUUUGUUGGUCCAAUGCACGUAAAGACAAAGGUGUGUUUUAGGUAUAAAAUUGCUCAAAUAAAUUAACAUGUAUGUGA